AUUAAGGUGAUGAUGGAGAGAGAGAGGACAAAAACGAGUGGACCCUGGUAUGGCCACGUCUGUCCUUUUCGUUUCCUCCUCCAACAAAUUGGCGCACUUUUCUAAUGAAUCCCCAUUCUUCCUUCUCAACCAGUUUUCGGUCUGUUGGUGAAAUGAGGAAGCUUUCUCUGUUUUUUUCUAUUCGAUUCGCUCAUAAUUCAUCCAAAUUUCGCAAUAUUGUUAAUAAUAAUAAUGCUCCUUGUUCUUACAGCAAUUCCCCUUCUCCUUCCAACAAUCCUCCUGGACUUCUUGCACAUUACAGGAGUCUUGUUGAACAGGGGAAGCUGCAGCAUGAUCCUUACCAGGAAAAGGUUGCUUCUGAACUAGAAAAUCUGCUUGGAAGGUUGGAGCAAUAUGAAAAGGAUAUGGAGGAAUAUCAUGCAAAACUUGCACAAUGGGAGGAUAAUAGGGAAAGUUGGAGGCGUAAGCUUCUUAUGGAGGAAGCUGAAGCCAAACAACAAGGUGCAUUUAAACCAAUAAACAAAUCUCGCAAUAUUUUCCAAAGAUGGAUGUCUCGGAAACCAGAAGAUGUGGAAGAAGGAGUGGGCAAAUGGGUUUCAUAUCUCAAUCGCGAGAAGAAGUUAGACUCACAAGUCGGUCGACGUCCUGCUGCUCCUCCAGCCCCAAAAGGGCUAUAUCUAUAUGGCAAUGUUGGGAGUGGUACAAUUGAUUCUUGUCUAUUUAUACGGCAUGGGAAGACAAUGCUUAUGGAUAUGUUUUAUAAGGCUAGUGAGGCAAUUGUUAAACAUCGAAGAAGGUUUCACUUUCACGAGGCUAUGCUUGAAAUUAAUGAACACAUGCAUAAAAUUUGGAAGAGUCAGAUGGAACAAAAGUCUCUGCAGUCGAGUAUUUCUGGUUGGGUCAUGAAUCUUCCUUUUGAUUCAAAAGUUAAAGAAUGGAUAGCUGCUGAAGAAAGAUAUAAGCAAGAGGUGCAGAUGAAAAACAUUCUUCUGGACGUAGCUGACAAGUUUCUUGUUAACCAGGCAGAUCGUAGGAGAGGUGCUAGCAUCCUUUGCUUUGAUGAAAUACAGACAGUUGAUGUUUUUGCCAUCGUGGCAUUAUCUGGAAUUCUUAGCAGAUUAUUGAGUACUGGAACUAUUCUGGUGGCGACCAGUAAUCGUGCACCAACGGACUUAAACCAGGAUGGUAUGCAAAAGGAGAUCUUUCAAAAGCUACUAAAAAACCUAGAUAAGCAUUGUGAAACUGUUCUCAUUGGCAGUGAAGUUGAUUAUCGCCGCCUUAUUGCUCAGAGAUCUAUAGACCAGGUCCACUACAUUUGGCCUCUAAAUAGCAACAUUAACAGGGAAUUUGAGGAUAUCUGGAACAAAAUUAGUAAACAGGCCGGAGGAGGCAUAAUUUCACAUACUAUUCCUGUGAUGUUUGGAAGAACAUUGGAAGUUCCUGAGAGCUGCAAUGGGGUGGCACGGUUCACCUUUGAAUAUCUGUGUGGUCGGCCGCUUGGAGCGGCAGACUACAUUGCAGUGGCUAAAAACUACCACACUGUUUUCAUUUCCGAUAUCCCUAUUAUGAGCAUGCGUAUCCGUGACAAGGCACGAAGGUUUAUCACCCUCAUCGAUGAGUUAUACAAUCAUCAUUGCUGCCUAUAUUGCUCUGCUGAAACUUCAGUUGAGGAUCUAUUUCAAGGAACAGUAGAAGGAACACUUUUUGAUUUGGAAAGCUUCCAAUUUGAGACGGAGAUAGAAGGUACAAAGCUCCGGCGAGAUGUUUUAGCGAAAGGCAAUGUUGGUUCAGGAGGUGCUCCCUCUGGAAUUACUUCCAUGCUAUCUGGUCAAGAGGAGAUGUUCGCAUUUCGACGAGCUGUCUCGCGCUUGAUUGAGAUGCAGACACCUUUGUACCUUGAAGCAGUUCAGCAUCUCCAUCCCUAUUUUCAUUCUUCGUACAAUAAAAUUUGAAAAAUAUAGUCCCAAUUAAAAAUGCUGGCCUAUGUAAUUAGGUGUAUGUACAAGAUCUUUGUUGACAAUUCUUUUCCACCUUUCCAAUUGUAUUGCUUUUAGUUCUUUUUUGUGACUAGACAGGUUGAAUAGAAAAUAAAAGGAAGUGAGCGGUGGCACAGACAUACAGUAGUCUUGUGAGAUUUCUCAUGCUUAAAAGGGAAUUGUAUUAGACAAAAGGACAACAAAAUCUUGUUUCAGAUUACAAAGUUGAUUUCUUGGUUAGCUGUAUCAAUAAGGAAGGAAAUGUUUUUGGUCCA